CCUGACCUGAGCUCUGGGUAAGCGUCCCGCGUCUACUACCCCCGCCCCCGGAGCGAAGGAGGCGGGUUUUGGCCUCUUGCCCUGCGGAGGGAGUGGGAGCGAGACAGGCCCGAGUGGAAGUGUCUGGCUCCCCGGAGCGGCCCUGCAGUAUUCCUCGCUGCCCAUGAGCUCGUUCUCCAGCGAGCAGCGCCGUCGUUAGGCCCGCCCGGUAGCCUCUGCUUCCCCCGGGACAGGCCCACGCCUCGUCGGGGAGGGGGCAGCCUGUCGAGGCGCCUCCCUAGUUAGCGUCUGCGUCGCGCUGCGACCCUGGAAGCGGGAGCCGCCGCGAGCGAGAGGAGGAGCCCCAGCGGCGGCAGCGGGCAGGAGCACCAGCAGCGCCAGCGGGCGGGAUCGAGGCCGUCAACAUGGCGAGCGCCUCGUACCACAUUUCCAAUUUGCUGGAAAAAAUGACAUCCAGCGACAAGGACUUCAGGUUUAUGGCUACAAAUGACUUGAUGACAGAACUGCAGAAGGAUUCCAUCAAGUUGGAUGAUGACAGUGAAAGGAAAGUUGUGAAAAUGAUUUUGAAGUUACUGGAAGAUAAAAAUGGAGAGGUACAGAAUUUAGCCGUCAAAUGUCUUGGCCCUUUAGUGAGUAAAGUGAAAGAAUACCAAGUAGAGACAAUUGUAGAUACCCUCUGCACUAACAUGCUUUCUGAUAAAGAACAACUUCGAGAUAUUUCAAGUAUUGGCCUUAAAACAGUAAUUGGAGAACUUCCUCCAGCUUCCAGUGGCUCUGCGUUAGCUGCUAAUGUAUGUAAAAAAAUUACUGGGCGUCUUACCAGUGCAAUAGCAAAGCAGGAAGAUGUCUCUGUUCAGCUAGAAGCCUUGGAUAUUAUGGCUGAUAUGCUGAGCAGGCAAGGAGGACUUCUUGUUAAUUUCCAUCCUUCAAUUCUGACCUGUCUGCUCCCCCAGUUGACCAGCCCUAGACUUGCAGUGAGGAAAAGGACCAUUAUUGCUCUUGGCCAUUUGGUUAUGAGCUGUGGAAAUAUAGUUUUUGUAGAUCUUAUCGAACAUCUGUUGUCAGAGUUGUCCAAAAAUGAUUCCAUGUCAACAACAAGAACCUACAUACAGUGUAUUGCUGCUAUUAGUAGGCAAGCUGGUCAUAGAAUAGGUGAAUACCUUGAGAAGAUAAUUCCUUUGGUGGUAAAAUUUUGUAAUGUAGAUGACGAUGAAUUAAGAGAGUACUGCAUUCAAGCCUUUGAAUCAUUUGUGAGAAGAUGUCCUAAGGAAGUAUAUCCUCAUGUUUCUACCAUUAUAAAUAUAUGUCUUAAAUAUCUUACCUAUGACCCAAAUUAUAAUUACGAUGAUGAAGAUGAAGAUGAAAACGCCAUGGAUGCGGAUGGCGGUGAUGAUGAUGACCAAGGGAGUGAUGAUGAAUACAGUGACGAUGAUGACAUGAGUUGGAAAGUGAGACGUGCAGCUGCUAAGUGCUUGGAUGCUGUAGUUAGCACAAGGCAUGAAAUGCUUCCAGAAUUCUACAAGACCGUCUCUCCUGCAUUGAUAUCCAGAUUUAAAGAGCGUGAAGAGAAUGUAAAGGCAGAUGUUUUUCAUGCAUACCUUUCUCUUUUGAAGCAAACUCGUCCUGUGCAAAGUUGGCUGUGUGACCCUGAUGCAAUGGAACAGGGAGAAACACCUUUAACAAUGCUUCAGAGUCAGGUUCCCAACAUUGUUAAAGCUCUGCACAAACAGAUGAAAGAAAAAAGUGUGAAGACCCGACAGUGUUGUUUUAACAUGUUAACUGAACUGGUAAAUGUAUUACCUGGGGCCCUAACACAACACAUUCCUGUACUGGUACCAGGAAUCAUUUUCUCACUGAAUGAUAAAUCAAGCUCAUCAAAUUUGAAGAUUGAUGCUUUGUCCUGUCUAUAUGUAAUCCUCUGUAACCACUCUCCUCAAGUCUUCCAUCCUCAUGUUCAAGCUUUGGUCCCUCCAGUGGUGGCUUGUGUUGGAGAUCCAUUUUACAAGAUAACAUCUGAAGCACUUCUUGUUACUCAACAGCUUGUCAAAGUAAUUCGUCCUUUAGAUCAGCCUUCCUCAUUUGAUGCAACUCCUUACAUCAAAGAUCUAUUUACCUGUACCAUUAAGAGGUUAAAAGCAGCCGACAUUGAUCAGGAAGUCAAGGAAAGGGCUAUUUCCUGUAUGGGACAAAUUAUUUGCAACCUUGGAGACAACUUGGGUUCUGACUUGCCUAAUACACUUCAGAUUUUCUUGGAGAGACUAAAGAAUGAGAUUACUCGGUUAACUACAGUGAAGGCCUUGACGCUGAUAGCUGGGUCGCCUUUGAAGAUAGAUUUGCGGCCUGUCCUGGGAGAAGGGGUUCCUAUCCUUGCUUCGUUUCUCAGGAAAAACCAGAGAGCUUUGAAACUGGGUACCCUUUCUGCUCUAGAUAUUCUAAUUAAAAACUAUAGUGACAGCUUGACAGCUGCCAUGAUUGAUGCAGUUCUAGAUGAGCUCCCUCCUCUUAUCAGUGAAAGUGAUAUGCAUGUUUCACAGAUGGCUAUCAGUUUUCUUACCACACUGGCAAAAGUGUAUCCUUCCUCCCUUUCAAAGAUAAGUGGAUCCAUUCUCAAUGAACUCAUUGGACUUGUUAGGUCACCUUUAUUGCAGGGGGGAGCUCUUAGUGCCAUGCUAGACUUUUUCCAAGCUCUGGUUGUCACUGGAACAAAUAAUCUAGGAUACAUGGAUUUGUUGCGUAUGCUGACCGGUCCAGUUUACUCUCAGAGCACAGCUCUUACUCAUAAGCAGUCUUAUUAUUCCAUUGCCAAAUGUGUAGCUGCUCUUACUCGAGCAUGCCCUAAAGAAGGACCAGCUGUAGUAGGUCAGUUUAUUCAAGAUGUCAAGAACUCAAGGUCUACAGAUUCUAUUCGCCUCUUAGCUCUGCUUUCUCUUGGAGAAGUUGGGCAUCAUAUUGACUUAAGUGGGCAGCUUGAACUAAAAUCGGUGAUAUUAGAAGCCUUCUCAUCUCCUAGUGAAGAAGUCAAAUCAGCUGCAUCCUAUGCAUUAGGCAGCAUUAGUGUGGGCAACCUUCCUGAAUAUCUACCAUUUGUCUUACAAGAAAUAACCAGUCAACCCAAAAGGCAGUAUCUUCUGCUUCAUUCCUUGAAGGAAAUUAUUAGCUCUGCAUCAGUGGUGGGCCUAAAACCCUAUGUUGAAAACAUUUGGGCCUUAUUGCUAAAGCACUGUGAGUGUGCAGAAGAAGGAACCAGAAAUGUUGUUGCUGAAUGUCUAGGCAAACUCACUCUAAUUGAUCCAGAAACCCUCCUUCCAAGGCUAAAGGGGUACUUAAUAUCAGGCUCAUCAUAUGCCCGAAGCUCAGUGGUUACAGCUGUGAAGUUUACUAUUUCUGAUCAUCCACAACCUAUUGAUCCACUAUUAAAGAACUGCAUAGGUGAUUUCCUAAAGACGUUGGAAGACCCAGAUUUGAAUGUAAGAAGAGUAGCCUUGGUCACAUUCAACUCAGCAGCACAUAAUAAGCCAUCGUUAAUAAGAGAUCUUCUAGAUACUGUUCUUCCACAUCUUUAUAAUGAAACAAAAGUUAGAAAGGAGCUUAUAAGAGAGGUAGAGAUGGGUCCAUUUAAGCAUACAGUUGAUGACGGCCUGGAUAUUAGAAAGGCAGCAUUUGAGUGUAUGUACACCCUUCUAGACAGUUGUUUGGAUAGACUUGAUAUCUUUGAAUUUCUAAAUCAUGUUGAAGAUGGUUUGAAGGACCACUAUGAUAUUAAGAUGCUAACAUUUUUAAUGUUGGUGAGACUCUCUACCCUUUGUCCAAGUGCAGUACUGCAGAGGUUGGACCGACUUGUUGAGCCAUUGCGUGCCACAUGUACAACUAAGGUAAAAGCAAACUCAGUAAAGCAGGAGUUUGAAAAGCAAGACGAACUAAAGCGAUCUGCCAUGAGAGCAGUAGCAGCACUGCUAACCAUUCCAGAAGCAGAGAAGAGUCCACUGAUGAGUGAAUUCCAGUCACAGAUCAGUUCUAACCCUGAGCUGGCAGCCAUCUUUGAAAGUAUCCAAAAAGAUUCAUCAUCCACUAACUUGGAAUCAAUGGACACUAGUUAGAUGUUUGUUCAACAUGGGGACCAUUACAUUGACCAUAAGAUGCACUGAAUUGACAGGUUAAUCAUAAGACAUGGAACGAGAAAUGUCUAAAAGCUUCAAAAUAUUCCACUUUUUUCCUUCAUGGAGACAGUUUGGCUUUUUUCCAUUGUUUUUGUAGCAUUUAUUUCAGAAAUGUGUAUUUCCAUAAUCCAGAAGUUGUAAAACCACUAAUGUUUUAGUGGUUAGGGCAACAUUUAAAAUGGAAAUCAAAAGUUAGGAUUUAUGGAAUAUGGAAAUAGAGUCCAGUAUCUAUUUUACCCUGUAAUGUUUAGGAUUAAAAUGUUAAAAUUUUGUGACCAUGAAUUUCUUUCUUUUAUAAAUUUUCUCUUAUGUAAAAAUCAAAAAUUCUGCAAGACAAAAACCAUGUUUCUUUUUCCUGUAUAACUUUUUUGUUUCAGCAGCAUAAACUGAUUUUUUAGCUGGCAGACAAGAAUAGCUGUGUAAGAUUACUUUUCAGAGGGUUUGGCAGUUUAAAAGAGAGAAUAAGGUAUCAUUUUUUUAGGUAUGGGGAUUAACAAUAUCCCUGUUGCGCACACUAAUUUUGCAUGAGCAAGUUUACAAAUACGUAUUGUCUGUAAAGCAGCAUGUGCAGAUUAUUCAUAAUACAAAAGUUAAAAUAAGUAUUAUUGUAUUAGUGCAAUUUUCAGAUAUUUAUUUUUGCACAGAAAACACAUAUCUGGAGAGAGAGAAAGGAGUAAAUUUUUGAAACUUUGGUUUUCUUAAUGCCAGUGUGAAUUUGCAGAUGUUUUCAGCAAAUCAAGUCACAAUAACAAUUUGCCACUUUUUCUAUUAUAAAUUUUCUUAUACAUUUAAAAAUCGAAUAUUUAAGUACUCAGUUUUUCUCAGUUACCCAUUUGUGUGUGUGUGUUUCCAUUUAGAAAUUCUUAAAGCCAGAUCUUUCUUUCAUUUCCUUUGGAUCCCUACAUUCCUCAUUGAGGGAUUCAAAUAACUGUGUAUGCCUUUGAAUUUUAUUUUAAGGAAAAUUCUGAAGCUAUCAGAUUUUAUUAGCUAAUAAUAUUUUCGUUUAGUUGAGUUAGAUUUUCCAGUCUUUCUUGUAGAGUUAAUUUACAUAUUGUAUUUGGUAAGCGUUGACUACUUUUUCCUGUUAAGGGGUCUGUGCUGGGGGGAACAAAGCUUUGCAGUACCUUAUAUUAUAGUUAAAUUUUUAUUUAACAUAUCCAUCAGUGAGCUCAUUUCACACUGUAGCCUCUUCCUUCAAAUUUGUGGUGCUCCUGUAACAGUAAGAACUAACUUCUGAAAUAAAAGACAUCUCCUAAUGCUGUGCAAA